AUGGAUAUUGAAGUUGUACAGGAGAAUGCAGAUGGGUAUAGCCUCGACCCUGAACUUGCAGAUAUUUCAGAAAGUAGAACUUUCUACCUUCCUAAUUCUUCGAUCAUCUUGCACAUGUUUGCACGGAGAAAGUUUACUCCCGUCGACCUCAAUCAACACUGGCUCGACUGGCCAGUCGAAUUCCGGCAACGAGCACGUGUGGGAUUUGAAAGACGAGUAGGAAAUGGCGAAUUAAUAAACACGGAAACCGGCAAAGUAACAUACCUCGAACACAUCUGUCUGGAUUUCUCUAUGCGGCUAGAACCAGAGGUGUAA